AAUUGAGGAGUAACCAGUUGAUGUCAGGGAUCCUGCAGCUGUGCGACAGCUAUGGAUCCCCUCGGGCCACGGCGGUGCGAGUGCAUAUGUGUGUGAGCGUGCGGGCACGCAUGUCACCGCAGGGCGGGCUAUUUAAACCUGCAAUACAGUGUAAUCAAUGCCUUCUGGUCUAUAACGUCCUGCAUUCCAUAACCUGAUUCUGUUGCCUGUAUCCUGAUCUGACCUGACUAAGAAAGAACUCCGCCUGCACCGACCCCGGCUAUCCCUGACUAUCCGCUUGCCUGCUCCCUUGUACUUGAUUUGCUCGUUUGA